UCCGCAGACACGCGUCGUGCGGAGAACGCGCUUGUGUUGAAUUUCAAAUUUGGAAAAGAAAAACAUCGCGAAUAUUUUGACAGAUGAACAGAAAAAAAUUGUUUGAUUUUAUUUUGUUCUCUUAUGUUCUAGUUUUCCUUUAAGAUUAAGUUUUGCUUGUUAUUAGUUAAAAGGUUUCGUUUUUCUCAUUUUCGCGGGUGAUAUCCUACGAGCGCUUUCCUGAAAAUAUUCACAUCACGAAAGUUUUAUGCACCAAAUAUAAUGUUAAGGCGAAAAAUGUUUUUAUCAUUGACAACACUGGUGUGCGUAGCAAACGCAAUAGUUCAAAAUGCAGCUACAGGCAAUGAAAUCGACUCAUCGCCGAAAAAAUCACAGACGAGUACUGGAGGGCCCUUGUAUCCUAAAGCAACAGAAACAAGAGACUUACGGACACUAGACGGGAUAUGGAACUUCAGAAAAUCACCAGCUGAUCCUGAGACUGGCUACAAAGCCGGCUGGUUCGAGCAGGAUCUCGACAAGACUGGUCCUGUACUCCAAAUGCCGGUGCCCUCGUCAUACAAUGACGUUGGUGAGGAUGUUUCUCUGCGUGACCACGUAGGAGUAGUCUGGUAUGAUCGGCGGUUCUUCGUGCCCUCGUGGUGGAGCACUACUGGACAACGAGUGUGGCUGCGAUUUAGCAGCGUACACUAUGCGACUGAAGUGUUCAUAAAUGGCAAAUCGGUGAUGUACCAUGAGAUCGGUCACUUACCUUUCGAGGCUGAAAUCACAGACUUCGUAACUUUCAAUAGCAGUAACCUGCUCACAGUAGUGGUUGACAACACGUUGCUUAGCGACACUGUGCCUCAAGGAGUUAUCAAGAGCGUUUAUGUUGGUCCAAACAAAAUUCGCCAAGAACAACAGUAUACGUUUGACUUCUACAACUACGCUGGCAUUCACCGCACUGUGUUCCUCUAUUCUACACCUCAAGUGUACAUUGAUGACGUCAUCGUCAACACUGACAUACAGGGACAUACAGGUUUCGUAGUAUACAACGUAACACAGAAAGGUGCAGCUUCAGACAAAGUUCACUGCUUAAUACAAUUAUUUGACAAAAAUGGUACCCAAGUGGCAGCAUUCAACGAAUGUGCUGGACUACUGGAGAUCGGGAACGCCAACUUCUGGUGGCCUUACCUGAUGCACCCCAAUCCCGGAUACUUAUAUACCAUGAAGGCAUCGUUAAUCGGUCCUCAAGGUGAGACCCUGGACACUUACUCACAGAAGAUUGGCAUCAGGACAGUCACGUGGUCAAACACUACCAUUUAUUUGAAUGAAAAACCCCUCUACUUGAAAGGGUUCGGCAUGCAUGAAGAUUCUGAUUUAAGAGGUAAAGGCUGGGACCCCGUACUAUGGGUGAAGAACUUCAACCUCAUCAAAUGGUUAGGUGCCAAUGCGUUCCGGACUUCUCAUUACCCAUACGCUGAAGAAAUCUACCAGCUCGCUGACGAAUAUGGCAUCAUGAUCAUUGAUGAGUGCCCCAGCGUUGAUACUGAUGGAUUCUCUGAUACGCUGUUGGCAAAACACAAGCAAUCGUUGACAGAACUGAUCAGACGUGACAAGAAUCAUCCCAGUGUGAUCAUGUGGUCCAUUUCUAACGAACCACGGUCCGCCAACAAAUUGGCUGACAGAUAUUUCGGGGAAGUGGUACGUCAUGUCAAGUCUAUGGAUCUCUCUCGGCCCGUCACUAUUGCUAUUUCUGCCGGUGCUUCUACUGAUAAAUCUGGUCGUCAUUUGGACGUGAUCAGCUUCAACCGCUAUAACGGAUGGUACGCGAACCCCGGCCAGACGGCGCAGAUCACCAACAACGUGGUGGAGGAAGCCACCAACUGGCACCGCAUACAUAACAAGCCCGUCAUCAUGACUGAAUAUGGAGCUGACACUAUUGCGGGACUGCACUUGUACCCUGAAUACAUCUGGUCGGAGGAGUACCAAUGUUUGCUAAUCUCAGAACACUUCAAGGCAUUUGAUCUCCUACGGAAGGCUGGAUUCUUCGCUGGAGAGUUCAUAUGGAACUUUGCCGACUUCAAAACACCGCAAUCUAUAACGCGGGUGGGUGGCAACAAAAAGGGUAUUUUCACGCGCAGCCGGCAGCCCAAAGCGGCCGCCCAUCACUUGAGGUCGCGGUACCACGCGCUCGCAACAUCAGACUAUGGCGUCGUACUUCCAGAAACAACGUACUACAUCAGCGACGCACAGCCAGCCAAGCACGAAGAGCUUUAACUUUUGACCUCUGCCAUAAUAACCACCAAAUGUAUGUACUAUAGGUUCUACAAGGACACAGAUAAUUAAGUUCUUUAUGAAAUAUUUUGCACAUAUAAAAAUCCCUUAUAAACUCAAAGCGAGUAUGCAAAAUUUAGGGUAACAAGUACAUGUAAAUAACUGGCAAAAUAGGUAUUUCAUAAAUAACAAUUAUUUCAUUUAGUUUAUUUUGUUUCUAGUUCAAAUGUCACACCAAAUGAGCAAGCGACUGAUUUAUAAAAGUACUUGCUCUAAACGAUUUUGUGCCACAAUAAUGCGAUCAUGCAUUGGAAGUAUUGGUACUUAACAGAACUUAGCUCAUUUUAUUAUCUUAAUUACUUAGUGUUUAUGAAAUAUGUAAGAUAACAUGACCAAAAUAUUCUACUAGAUGCCUUAUGUAUUGAAUUAUUAGUAACGAUGUUAUUUUUAGGAUAGCAUUUAUUUUAUACAGUACAAUAUCAUUUUCAUUUUAUAGAGAAGAAAGGUGUUAAAAUUAGCCCUAGUCUAGGUCUAUGAAUUGUAAAACUGCUUACCAGUGGCUUGGUAAUAAAGGAAUUUAAUGCUUGUGAUGAUAAAUAUCCUCUAACAGCAAAAAAUAAGUGGUUGUAUUUCCAUUACACAUAUUCGAUAAAGUUAUCACAAAUAAAGUUAUCACCUACGCAAACCAUAAACCAUGGGGAACUAAACUUGCAUUAUGCCUAACUAUUUUUUGUUGUGUAUGCAAUAAGCGUGGUACAACUCUACAUAAUUUAGAUUUAGAUAUAGUAAAAUUAUUAUUAUUAUUGUAGUUAUAAAUAU